AUGGCUAAGAGUGAAGGCUCGAGUUCUAGUGCAAGGUCAUCCUAUAAGAAGAAGGUCGACGGUCCGUUAUGCUACUGUAAUAAGAGAUCGACUCCGGCGAAGGCAUGGACAGAUGACAAUCCGGGUAGAAGGUUUUGGUGCUGCGGUCCUCAUGGGUUCGUCGAUUGGAUUGAUAAGGAGGAGCAAAAUGAAUGGCAGAAACAGAGUUUACUGGAGGCGAGAGGCGUGAUGGAUCGUCAGAGAGAAGAAAUCAGAAAUCUGAAACAGUUGCUUAGCAAAGCUUCUCAACCAACCACAUCUGAAGAUUCAACAUCAUUAUUGUUAGAGGAAGGGGACAGACUCGCAGAGGAGAAGAAAAAACUUGAAAUUGCUCUUAUCACAUCAGUUGAAAAGGAGAAAUUGCUAAGGCAAUUCAUUGCUCUUUCGAUGGGAGGCUUCGCUGUUGUCACAGUCAUCCUUGUCAUUACCAUUCUGAAGAAGUAG